AUGUUGACUCUGAACAACAUCAUCCCAGACCUCUAUUCACCAGAGUCUCAUCCACUUACCCCCAGCCAACCCAACCCAAACACCAGCCCCAUGUCUCAACCUCAUCCACUUACCUCCAGCCACCCCCAGCCCAAACACCAGCCCCAUGUCCCAACCUCAUCCACCUACCCCCAGCCCAAACACCAGCCCCAUGUCUCAACCUCAUCCACCUUUCCCCCAGCCACCCCCAGCCCAAACACCAGCCCCAUAUCUCAACCUCAUCCACCUUUCCCCCAGCCACCCCCAGCCCAAACACCAGCCCCAUAUCUCAACCUCAUCCACCUUUCCCCCAGCCACCCCCAGCCCAAACACCAGCCCCAUGUCUCAACCUCAUCCACCUUUCCCCCAGCCACCCCCAGCCCAAACACCAGCCCCAUAUCUCAACCUCAUCCACCUUUCCCCCAGCCACCCCCAGCCCAAACACCAGCCCCAUAUCUCAACCUCAUCCACCUUUCCCCCAGCCACCCCCAGCCCAAACACCAGCCCCAUGUCUCAACCUCAUCCACCUUUCCCCAGCCACCCCCAGCCCAAACACCAGCCCCAUAUCUCAACCUCAUCCACCUUUCCCCCAGCCACCCCCAGCCCAAACACCAGCCCCAUAUCUCAACCUCAUCCACCUUUCCCCCAGCCACCCCCAGCCCAAACACCAGCCCCAUUUUCCAACCUUAA